AUGGCGGCUCAGCGUCAGAUGGGCGGGGAGCGUCCAAAAUGGAGACGGGGUGACAGGCUCCCGGAGGUUCCCGUUCGCGGCGUUCCGGAGUGGCUACGGCCAGGCAGUCGCUGGAUGGGCGCUGAGGAAGGGAGGGGGCGCCUGCACACCUCGGGACUGGAGCGGAUUGGUGCGCAAGAUCAGGGCGCGGAGCACAACAUCGACGGGGUGUGGUAUUCGUGGUCGCAACGCACGCAGCCUCUGCCGUUCUUGCUCGGACCGCUGGACCGCCAGGGCUCUCUGGGGUCCUUGCCGUGGACCCCAGCACUUUUUUUCCGCCGCGACGUGACACCGCCGACAAAACCGGACGCCGGCGUGCCAAGAGCUGCCCCGAAUCUACUGCAGAACGGAUCCUCUGAGCCAGUGGCCGAGGCCGCAGAUGGCCCGAGAGGCGUGAUGCGGAUCCCACGCACCCACGCACGCCGUGGAAAGCGUCCCCCCAGGGACCGCCCGCGUCCCUAG